AUGGUUGUCCCGUGGCUGGUGCUUCUAGCUGCACUGUGCACCUUUCUCCUGGGGGUCUUUGUCUGGGCUGUCUUUGAGCACUUCCUCACCACAGGUGUCCCCUCUACUCUGCAACAUCCUGCCAAGUUCCGAUUUCUGCACUGCAUGUUCCUCUACAUGGUCACUUUGGGGAAUAUACUUGAGAAAUUGAGGAUUUGCUCCAUGCCCAGAUUUAUUCAGUUUUUGCACAACCGCGUGAGAAUCAAGAAGGACCCUGGGCUUGUGGUAACCAACCUGCGUUUUGGAACUGUACCCAUGAGGCUGUUCCAGCCCAAGGUGGCCUCCCCCAGCCCCCGGCGAGGCAUCGGCAUCUUCCACGGAGCGGGCGCCGUAUUAGGGAGCCUGGACGUGAACCGCGCCCUGUGUGGUUUUCUAGCCCAGGAGAUCGACUCUGUGCUGCUGUCGGUUGGUAAGCUCCUGGAGGAGAUCAACCUUUCAACUGUUUGGUUCUGCAUAGCCUUCACCCCUGUGGUGGAUGGGCAAGAGAGAGUCCAAGGAGGCAUGGGCAUUUCUGCUUCCUUCUGGCAGGUCUGCGUUGUGAUCUGCGGAGACAGCGCUGGGGCAGGGAUCGCGACCUUGACCUCUCAGACCUUGAACCAACACGUCCAGCUCCUCACCCGGAAGUUCAUGAUCGUGUUUAAAUACGUGCUUAUCGACUUCUGGUGGGAUGCCACCUUGAGUGGUGCUUUCAUUCCCCCGGAAGUCUGGAAGAAGUACUGGAAGUGGGUCAGCGCGGACAACGUACCCAAGAGAUUCAAGAAGACAGACUACCAACCUGUGUUUCCUGCCCCUUUCAAUGAGGCUGCCUAUCUAGAAAACGAUCCCUUGUUGGAUGUGGAACAUACACCCCUCAUAAACGUUGAUGAGACCAUUGCCCAGCUUCCCAAGGCCUUCCUGGUGAGCUAUGACGUCCUCCAUGAUGACAUCUUGCUCUAUAAGAAGUGCUUGGAGGACCAGUGGGUCCCCGUGACGUGGUACCACGUGGAGGAUGGCUUUCAUGGAUCUCUGAUAUUAUUUGAUUGGAAGCCUUUCUCUUUCCCAUGCUCCCUGAAAAUUGUGAAUGCUAUAGUCAGUUGUAUAAAGAGCACACUGUAACCCUGGGGCCCUGAGUAGGGCAUAGCAAGUAUGGUCUCUACUACGUGCUGAGUCCUUUGAUGAAUUGUAUUUUAUUGAUUAAGGAGAUGCUAAGUCAGGGCUUACCCUGCA